AUUCGAAGGCGAAAGAGGAGAGGGGAGGGAGGCAGAGCCAAGAGAGAAACAAAAAAAAACGUGACUAGGCACCCAAAGCCUCCUGUUAUGCAACAACUGACCUACUAACAUACAUUAGAGAGACGCGGCAGCGAAGAGGAGAGAGCGAAAGGAGGAAAUAAAGAGAGGAAAAUAAAGAGAGGGAGGGCGGGAGGAAUCGAGCACGAUCAUGACGGGUGGAGCGCACCAAAACAAGGCUCUGUGCUCUCACAUCUGUCGCCGCUGACAGAGGAGAGAGCUGGUGGUGUUUUGGAAGCGUGAGCGACUUUGAGGGAGGCGCAGAGCACCGGAGACCGAUGGGAAAGGCGCAUUGUUGGACAAGAAAACUGUGCGCGCCCCUGUGGGAUUUUACGCAUAAUUUUGAAGCCUUUCAUCUUGCAGUCAGCUGCAGAGAGAACAGAGCGAGAGACGGAAGCUGAGACCAAGACUCCCCAAGAGACAAGCAUGCUGAGGUAGACAGAACGACCUACAUCCCCCAGCCUGUGUGGAGAUUUAGGACACUUCGUCUUCAGCUCUACAUGUUGUGUUGUCCUACUGAUAACCUUUAACAACCAAGACUGGAAUCUGAUUUAAUCCUCUUCUGCUUUUUUGGACACUGAAAGGAGAACCCUGGAAAGUGGAUAAAUGAGGGUUGCCAACGUUAGAUUUUACUCGUUCUUCAUCUUUUUGAGUUGUUUGGACACUUGAAUCCAAAACAAUCCACAGGCUGCCUACUUCAGGAGGCAAGGUUUUCUUCACAAGCUCAUUAUUUCAAAGUGGCUGGCAGUUCCAAGAAUGGAAAAUCUAAGUCCAACUCUGAAGACACUAAAUACACCCUCAGGGAACAACAUUGAGACCUUCCACGGAUAUGAAGAGACUCUUCAAGGGACACCCGCCCGUCUGGGAAGACUUAUCAAACCCAAGCCUAACCUUACGUGCAGACGGAAGCGUCAGUUCAUUUCCGACGAGAAAAAGGACGCCUCCUACUGGGAGAAAAGGCGCAAGAACAACGAGGCCGCCAAACGUUCGCGGGAGAAGCGCCGUCUCAACGACAUGGUUUUGGAAAAUCGUGUCAUCGCACUGAAUGAUGAAAAUGUGAGGCUCAAGACUGAGCUACUCCAGCUGAAGUUACGCUUUGGUCUCAUAAGCACAGCCUCGUACAUUGAAAAGAGCCAACAGAUCAGUGUAGGCAAUGAAGCAGGAACCGGGGGCUCUUCCUCGUCCUCCUCUUCUACUCAGUACUACUCCAGCGGUUACUCGAGCAGUUCUCAGGUGAUGAUUAACUCAGACUCCUCCGAAACAGAGCAGUCGGGACGCAGCGACGGCCACAGGCAGCUGGUGAAGUACUCUCCACGCGGCUCCCUCUCUGACAUGUCCGAUGGCUCAUCAAGGGACAGCCCUGACCCGAUCCCAUUUGAGAUCAAACAGGAGGGCGACAGGCUGGAGAUGGACAUCACCAGUGGCACCACGACCCAGAUCAUGUUCAACAUUCACAGGGGUCCGGCUUCUUCGUCUACACACCACCAGAUUAAACAGCACCAGGAGAUGGACGCCGCGUAUAACCACCACCCCCACAUCCUUCAGCAGCAAUCACAACCCCAUCAGGAGACAGUAGCGGCCAUCAAAGCCACGAGCCAGUCUGCCCCUCACCCGCCGGCGGCCCAAAGAAGCGUCAUUCUGUACGGCGCCAGCGUUGCCUCUUAUCCGGUAGACAUUGUCACCAGGCCCCAGGAUGUUGACCUGCCAGUAGCCUUAAAGCACAGCAGCAGCCAACUGCAGCAGUCCAUCACAGAGACUUCCACUGAGACUCUGGCUGAGGUAACAAAGCAGCUGGAGAGAAAGACACUGGACUCGCCUACGUAUGAGCUCUCAGACAGCUUUGGCGAGGCUAAAGAGAGAGAGAUGUACAGAGUCUGCCAACUUACCCAUCAGCAACUAGAGCAGCAACAGGAGGGGGAAUCCCCCGCGGAUCUCCUGAGUGAACAGGUAGAGGGGCUCAGCCACACCCAGCUGUACCACCACCUUCAACAACCUCAUCAUUCCCACCUCAGUGCACAAGAUGAGGAGCCACCAGUGCUUAGCUAUGAGGGCGGAUCCAGAGCUGACAGUUAUCUUCAAAGCCAGUCGGCGUCAUUAAGCGAUGGUGACCCCUGCAGCUCUGAUAAAGAGGCAUCAACAGAUGACGACGAAUCCCUAUCUUUGUCCUGCUCAGACAUGAGCAACCUCCACAACCAUCAUCUCUCUGGGAUCCUCCAAUCUGGUUUGUCUCUGCCCCAGUACCCAGGCUGCUCCCAGAUGCAGGGCUGGGAUCCCCAAGGGGAGGUGAGAGGAACCGCACUGCCCCACAAACUCAGACUCAAACACCGGGCUAUGAGCACCGGAAGCAGUAGUGGCAACUGCUCUGGACAGGAGUCCCCAACCACUACUUCCGCUGCCACUCCUCCUCCUCCUCUCCCUCAGGACCCCUACCUUUCCCUCUCGCCGUUGCAGAACAUUAAGCAAGAGCACCCAAGUGGCGCUUGCAAACUGGUAACUUCGGGGAUGAAGAAGGACAGUGGCAAAAAGGAAAGCGGUGGGCGACGGAACAAGAGGCGGGAUUAGGAGGUCAUUGCUUCAGAACCUUGAAGAUGCAAGUUCACCUCUAAGACUACUCUGCCAACAUGCCUUUGCUCUACUAUUAAAUGCCCCUGGGAGUUGAUUCCAGGCUUUCCUAUCCCCCAACCCCAAGACUCUAGAGAAGAAUGGACAUAUUGUAGGGCUCUGUAUCAUAUUUGUAUAUGUUGUACAGAUUUGUCAUUUCUUACAUCCUCUCCAUACUUACUGAACCAUGUGUUGUUUAUGGGAUGAGGAGAAAUGGAACUCCCUGUUUUUCUACUUUUCUCAUUCAACAGUAUCCGUCAGGAUACGCCGGCAAAAGCACAUUUUUGAUAGUACACAAAAAGGAAUGUAAAAGGAAAAAAAAAAAACUUUCAACAAAUUUGAUACAUGUUCAGCUGUAGGUGAACAUACAAAUGUAUAGGUCACUGCCUUAAAUACAAUCAAAUGCAAAUGUACACCUGGGAUAUCCCCCUUGACCAAAGAAGCACCAAACACUACAACUAUGAGUUUUCAAACCUUUUCCCACACCCUACCUCUCUGCUCACCUUCCCCCUCUCCCUCCUCACCAUCUGCAUUAUUUCACAAGAGAUCACAUCGCAAUUAUUUUUGAAGCACUUGUUUUGUACAUAAAUGUGACAUAAAUGAAUAUAUGCAUCUAUUUUAAGCAUCUAUUUUAGAAAGAAACGACUACACAUCCAAUAAUAAAAUGCAGCAGAAGGGAUGAAUCUGAAAGUGAGCGUCCUCUGACAAAUCACAAGUAUUGCACAGUAGAGGUGUAACGGGAUCUUGUGGCACAAGAUAAUAAUACGUGUGGACUUCGCUUGAUCUUCGCAAGUUCAAAAUCCCCCACCCCCAAAAUAUUUAUUCAGUCGUCACUUUUUAAACACAUUAGACACAUCUAGCUGAGAAUUCACCCUGCCUUGGAGGGUCAGCCAAUGACCAGACACUGCUAGUGUGGAUUGUUGAAUAGAGAACAAUAGGGGCAUCUUUUUUUUGCCAUGAAUCAGCGACAUGUGCUGCCUUAAAACUGCAAUUUGAUGCCUCUAAAUUGAACGUUAGCCGCCGGAAAGGCCAAAGUCAGCGUCUGUUUUGUUGCUGCCCAUCAGGGAGAUAAAAAUUAGACCAAUGAGAAAUGAACUUAAAAAAAUCCACAUUAAAACUAUCUAAAUCUAUACUGAUUACAAGCUAAUACAUUUAAACAAAGGCGAUUGUAAUUUGUGAAACUUUUACUCAAAAAAGGUGGCAUCUCAGUUUUUGCCCCCAACGUUUCCUAAAAUCUUAUCUGGUCAAGUUCUUGUGAACCUAAUAGUGGACCAUCUUUUCUGAUGAACUGGAUGUAUCACUCGUCCCAUGAACCGUAUCAUUACACCCCCUACUGCAGAGCCAUGCUGUUUAGGGUUGCUACAGAACGCAUUCAGAUGAAGCAUCUCUUCUGAUUGUUACGCUUUGGCAUAAAUCAUUAGUAAAGUCUUGUUUACACAGAAAUGGCCGUCCAAUUCGGAGAGCCAGCAGCACUGAAAGAACAUGUUUCUCCCUGAGGCAAUGGCCUCAUUAAAUUAGAAUUAAUAAACCUUUAACCAGCCUUUAAAUAUUUGGUGGAAAUCACCGGCUGCAGGCUGUAAGCCUUUUGUUUCUUUGAGCUUUAUCAACCGCAUCUCGUUGUUAACCUUCACUGGCCCAAUGUAUUUAUUUCCCUGCCCCAACAUGCCAUUCACUGUAAAAAAAAAAAAAAAAAAAAAAAGUGCAACACAGGAACAUAGACGGAGAAUGUGUACAGACCUUUUCAGAUACAUAUCACGGCUUAAAAGUAGAACGUUUCAUGCUGGCAAAGGAGCAGAAGGAAGCAGGGUUUAGACACAUUCAUGUAAAAACACUGCAGUGCACUGAGACUUAACGGGAGCACUGAACACCUACUGUUUAUUUUAUUUUUCUGUCAUGGAACAUGGUUCUGUAGUGUGACCAAAUGUGACUAUCAAGGCCCAUGGCACACGUUGAAAAAAAAAAUUGUUGUAGCUGAGUACUUUAAGUCCAAAGCCAAACUCUGCUUAUCAUCAAACGGGACAAAAUGUUUAAUCUUGAGCUUUAAUUAAAAGUAGCAAAGGCUCUCCCUUGUUUCCUGUCUGCCUCCGUUAUGCAUUUCUGGGGGUUGUAAAUCCCCUUCCUCGUGGUAGUUCUGCAUCUGGAUUGUGAUAAAUUGCCUUCACUGGAUUCUAGUUUAUUGUCUAUGUACCACGUUUGGCUUUUUGGUGCUUGUGUAUAAAUGUAAAGUUUCACAAACACUGUAAUGUUUGUUUCAUUGGUUUUGUAUCCUCUUUUUAGUCCAGGUGACAUUGGGUUGUUUUUUUCUUUCCUCUAUGCCGUGUCUUUGCUCCUACUGACUGUGAUGACAUGUAUUUGCCUCAUUCCUCCUCGUCCCCCACGUUUUUCCGUGUGUAUUAAACAGUAAUGUUUGUGGAUUUGCUGAUGGUUUCUAUGAGAAAAAAAAAAAGACAUGGACAAGGCAACAUUGGUGUGAUGUUUAGAGAUGGUUGGAGGUUGGUCUGGCUGGUCAUUACCAUGUAAAGACACUAAUGUUCAUUGUUGAAAGAUGAGAGCAUUUCAAGAAAAAAUAAAAAAAAAAUAAUGCUGCUCUGUUGACAUAUCAAUGAA